GCGGCGCGCGGUGCGCCUGCUGGCCGGAGGCCAGUGAUAACGGAGUUCCGUCGCACGGAGUGUGCGCGUCGUGUGGUGAGCGGCGGCGCGGAGGAUAUGUUAAGUCGAAGGCCGGUGGCGACGUUCCGCGAGGUGGAUGGAGCGAGGCGACGGGGCAAGUCAUCGCGUAUGCGGCUCGGGACCAACAGGGCACGCGUAUGCGCAGCGCGUAUCGGCUACGGAGUACGAGCGUGCACGUGUGUAACCCCGAAGAACAGAUCGUCUCUCCUGUCGAACUCUUCGAAUCCUUCGUCUUCGAGAAGAAAACCAUGUCGAAACCUUAUCGGCUUAUCCCACCAUGUUGUACGGACGCGGCACUCUGCGCACGGACCCGGCUAUAAACUGGAAUCCCGUUCGUCUCAUCUGCCCAGCCACGACAUCAUCAACACGACAACUAGGGGUUUCGUUUCGUCGCGAAAGAUUGCCUCGCCAUGGAGACCAGCUGGCUCCUCCUCGCCGGCGCCCUCCUGCUCUCCCUCCUCGUCCUGCGCCGCCACGCCAGGAACCGCCGCCUCCCGCCGGGCCCGCCGGCCGUGCCGCUGUUCGGCAACCUGCUGUGGCUGCACCACUCCGCCGCCGACGUGGAGCCGCUCCUGCUGAGGCUCUUCGAGCGGUACGGCCCCGUGGUGACGCUCCGGAUGGGCUCCCGCCUCGCCGUCUUCGUGGCCGACCGCCGCCUCGCGCACGCCGCGCUCGUGGGCGCCGGCGCCGUCACGAUCGCCAACCGGCCCAAGCCCGCCACCAGCGCGCUCCUGGGCGUCGGCGGCAACAUCAUCACCAACGCCGACUACGGGCCCCACUGGCGCCUCCUGCGCCGCAACCUCGUCGCCGAGACGCUGCACCCGUCGCGCGUCAGGCUGUUCGCGCCCGCGCGCGCCUGGGUGCGCGGCGUGCUCCUGUACAAGCUGCGCGCGGGCGAGGGCGGCGCGCCCGGCGACGCCAUGGAGGCGUUCCGGUACACCAUGUUCUGCCUCCUCGUGCUCAUGUGCUUCGGCGAGCGGCUCAGCGAGCCCGCGGUGCGCGCCAUCGAGGACGCCGAGCGCGCCUGGCUGCUCUACAUCUCCCAGCAGAUGAGCGUCUUCUUCUUCUUCCCGUCCAUCACCAAGCACAUCUUCCGCGGGCGCCUCCAGGCCGCGCGCGCCCUGCGACGGCGCCAGAUGGAGCUCUUCGCGCCGCUGAUCAACGCCCGGCGAGAGUACAAGCGGCAGGUCAAGGAAGGCCAGGCGCCGACGAGCGAGACCACGUUCCAGCACUCGUACGUGGACACCCUGCUGGACAUCACGCUCCCCGAGGAGGGCCACCGCCCGCUCACCGGCGACGAGAUCGUCACGCUCUGCUCCGAGUUCCUCACCGCCGGCACCGACACCACCUCCACGGGGCUGCAGUGGAUCAUGGCCGAGCUGGUCAAGAACCCGGCCGUCCAGGAGCGCCUCCACGCCGAGAUCAGGGCCACCUGCGGCGACGACGCCGAGGAGGUCUCGGAGGAGGCCGUCCAUCACAUGCCGUACCUCAAGGCGGUGAUCCUCGAGGGCCUGCGCAAGCACCCGCCGGGCCACUUCGUGCUGCCGCACAAGGCCGCGGACGACAUGGACGUCGGCGGGUACCUGAUCCCCAAGGGCGCGACGGUGAACUUCAUGGUGGCCGAGAUGGGCCGGGACGGGCGGGAGUGGGAGAGGCCGAUGGAGUUCGCGCCGGAGCGGUUCCUGGAGGGCGGCGACGGCGCGGGCGUGGACAUGACGGGGACCAAGGGGAUCCGGAUGAUGCCGUUCGGGGCGGGGCGGAGGAUCUGCGCCGGGCUGUCCAUCGCCAUGCUGCACCUGGAGUACUUCGUGGCCAACAUGGUGAGGGAGUUCGAGUGGCGGGAGGCGCCCGGGCACGAGGUGGAGUUCGAGGAGAAGCGCGAGUUCACCACCGUCAUGAAGAAGCCGCUGCGCCCGCGCCUUGUGCCCAGGAGGCGCUGAUCGAUCUGGAGAGUUCCAGUAGUUAGAUUUAAUUUGCAUAUGCACGUGUCAGUAAGAGACCAUUAAGUAUUGCACUAGUUUC